CUGGUUUCCUUAUUCAAACAUCUAGGGUGGGACAAAAUAUCUCUCACUAGUCACUUCUACAUUCCGCUCUCAUCCUUGUUGAUCAGGUCUCCUGCCCAUAGGCCAGAGAGAAUUUAUAGGAUUUAAUUCCACACCUGCCUCUCUGUCCUUUCUCCACACACACUGGAUCCCUAUGUAUGACGACUUGUAUCUCCAUGGCUUUGAGGACUCAGAGGUGGGUUCAGCUGAUUCCUAUACAAGCCGCCCAUCGUUAGACUCCGACGUGUCCCUGGAGGAGGAUCGGGAGACUGCCCGCCGCGAGGUGGAGAGGCAGGCCCAGGAACAGCUCGAGAGAGCCAGGCUUAAGCCAGUAGCAUUUGCUGUACGGACCAAUGUCAGUUACUGUGGAGCACUGGACGAAGAGUGCCCUGUUCAGGGAUGUGCCAUUAACUUUGAAGCCAAAGAUUUUCUACACAUUAAAGAGAAAUACAACAAUGACUGGUGGAUCGGGAGGCUAGUAAAAGAGGGGGGGGACAUCGCCUUUAUUCCAAGCCCCCAGAGGCUAGAAGCCAUUCGACUGAAACAGGAGCAAAAGGCCAGGAGGACGGGUGGCAAUACCUCUGGUUUGGGAGACAUGGUCUCUGGAAAUCGGCGCUCACCUCCCCCAUCAAUAGCUAAACAGAGGCAAAAACAGGCAGAACAAGUAGCACCUUACGACGUAGUCCCUUCAAUGCGGCCUGUAGUCCUUGUUGGUCCAUCUCUGAAAGGAUAUGAGGUGACUGACAUGAUGCAGAAAGCUCUGUUUGACUUCUUGAAGCACAGAUUCGAUGGCAGAAUUUCUAUCACCCGGGUAACUGCUGACUUGUCUCUUGCCAAGCGCUCAGUACUUAACAACCCUGGCAAGAGGGCAAUCAUUGAGCGGUCCAGCACCCGCUCAAGCAUUGCUGAGGUACAGAGUGAAAUAGAAAGAAUCUUUGAGCUGGCCAAGACCCUCCAGCUGGUUAUACUGGAUGCUGAUACAAUCAACCACCCUGCUCAACUCUCCAAAACAUCCUUGGCCCCAAUCAUUGUAUAUGUCAAAGUUUCUUCGCCAAAGGUGCUGCAAAGACUAAUAAAAUCCAGGGGGAAAUCUCAAGUGAAACAUCUCAAUGUUCAGAUGCUGGCUGCUGACAAGUUGGUACAGUGCCCUCCGGAAAUGUUUGAUGUUAUCCUAGAUGAGAAUCAACUGGAAGAUGCCUGUGAACACCUUGCAGAAUACAUGGAAGUUUACUGGAGAGCCACACAUCACCCUCUGCAUGCACAUACUGGCCAGAAUCUAAUGACACCCCCCACUGCCAUCCCUGGGUUACAGAACCAGCAGCUUCUUUCGGACCGAGCCAGUGAGCAUUCUCCCAUAGAACGUGACAGCUUGAUGCAAUCAGACGAAGCAAGCGAGACUUCCCGAAAGACCUGGACAGCUUCAUCACAGAGAAGUUCCCGACAUCUAGAAGAUGAGUACUCUGAUGCCUACCCAGAUCUGUACCAGCCCCAUCGACACCACAACAGUGGGCUGAACAGCACUAAUGGACAUGAUUCCCAGGAUCGACUUCUUGAACGUGAUUCUGAGCAGAACCACAAUGACAGGAACUGGCAGCGUAACCGUCCCUGGCCCAAGGAUAGUUAUUGAGAUGGACCCACAUGCCCUCACCCAUCCUACACAUAUACACACACUCCUGCAUGGCAGUGCAUGUCAGGAGACACAACCAACUAGUGUAAAUUCUAUGGGUAGCAUCCAGGUGCCCAAGUGCACUGUGGAGAACAAGCAGCCCAUCUCAAUUUUACCAUAUGUUUGGUAACUCCUGGCUGCAAUAUAGGCUAGAGAUAGCAGAAUGGAGAGGUCUGCUAAUGAGUAGCUGCAUAUUGAUAGCGCUUGGGCUAGAAGCAAUGGGUGAAAAAAGAGAGCAAGCAAAUAAAGCUACAAUUCCUAAACAUCCAUCAAGGCUGUUAGUAAUCUGAUUCUGCCAGACCUCUCUAUGUAGACCAUAGAACCAAUACCUACACAAUACACACAUCCACUAAGUUUACAAAACACGCCAGCGACGACUCAACAUGAGGGAGUUCUGGCGCAGCCUGCCAUUGUAAAACCAAGCUGAUCAGAGUUUUGUGCUUGUGCCAGACUCUCUCCUUUCAUUCCAAGCUGGCACAUUGUGGGCAUUGUACUCUGUACAAUAGCAUUCCAUCCUCGGGCAUUAUCCUUGUUUUCAGGUAACUGUUGUUCCGCGCUUCAAAGAGCGUGUGCCAUCCAAAGCAAGAUUAUUGGUUCACUCAAUCAAUCAGACCUAGUUGUAGAACAUAGAAGCAAAAAUAUCCUGAAAUGCAAGCAUUUUGUCCAGCAGUGGGUCUGUUUGAGGAUUGUAUGUUACAGGGAAUUGUUGUGUAGUAAUGCAUACUUCAGGGAUAUGGAUACAUUCAAAUGCCAGGUUUUUCUUUUUACAUGUUUUGCAGAUCUGGAAUUCUUGCAUGUGUGGAUUUGUUUUAAGAGCAUUUCCUCUUCUUCCUGCUUAGGCAUUUACCUAAUUUAGGUGCUUCUUGAAAAUAUUUGCCUAUUUUGAGUUGGGUCUAUAGGUUGUUGAGCAUUCUCUGCAUUCUA